AAAAAAAAAAAAAAGGAAACCGGAGCGAGGAGAGCGCAGGGGAGAGAGAGGGAGACAACACUGACCGGGUAGCUAUGGAGAUAGUAGGUUUUCCUGGUAGCUUUCUUUGACAGGUGUCGAGUGGGAUAACGUAAAGUACCAGAGCGGCUUCCAAGAUGUACGGCAAGGGCAAAGGAGCUGUGGUCCCCUCGGACAGCCAGGCGAGAGAAAAGUUAGCGUUAUAUGUGUACGAGUACCUGCUACAUGUGGGAGCACAGAAGUCCGCACAGACCUUCCUGUCCGAGAUUCGAUGGGAGAAGAAUAUUACAUUAGGGGAGCCCCCUGGAUUCCUUCAUUCGUGGUGGUGUGUAUUCUGGGAUUUGUAUUGUGCGGCUCCAGACCGAAGGGAGACAUGUGAGCACUCCAGCGAGGCCAAGGCCUUCCAUGACUACAGCGCAGCGGCAGCGCCCAGCCCAGUGAUGGGCAACAUGCCCCCCAACGACGCCAUGCCAGGCGGUCCCAUGCCCCCAGGCUUCUUCCAGGGACCACCUGGCUCUCAGCAGUCCCCCCACGCACAGCCCCCCCCACACAACCCAAGCAACCCCAUGAUGGGACCCCAUGGCCAGCCUUUCAUGUCACCGCGGUAUCCAGGUGGACCGCGCCCCUCACUCCGAAUGCCAAAUCAGCCUCCUGGGGGAAUCCCUGGAUCUCAGCCGCUCCUGCCAAACAGUUUGGACCCAACAAGACCGCAAGGACAUCCUAACAUGGGUGGACCAAUGAGAAUGAACCCUCCUCGAGGAAUGGCCAUGGGCCCACAGAACUAUGGAGGCAUGAGACCUCCUCCCAACUCUAUGGGCGGUCCAAUGCCAGGAAUGAACAUGGGUCCCGGGGGUAGAGGGCCUUGGCCAGGACCUAACGCGAACUCAAUAGCGUACUCCUCCUCAUCUCCAGGAAACUAUGUGGGUCCUCCAGGAGGAGGAGGUCCGCCAGGAACUCCCAUCAUGCCCAGCCCAGGUGAUUCAACCAACUCCAGUGAAAACAUCUAUACAAUGAUGAAUCCAAUCGGACCAGGAGGCAACAGACCCAACUUCCCUAUGGGACCUGGGCCUGACGGACCAAUGGGAGCUAUGGGAGCCAUGGAGCCACACCACAUGAACGGAUCACUAGGGUCUGGGGAUAUGGAUGGGUUGCCAAAGAGCUCUCCUAAUAACAUGGGGGGCAUGAACAACCCUCCUGGAACGCCGAGAGAUGACGGCGAAAUGGGCGGGAACUUCUUGAACCCAUUCCAAAGCGAAAGUUAUUCACCCAACAUGACGAUGAGUGUGUGAUUUUAUUUUUAUUUUUUUUGUAUUUUUGUUUAAUCCUCCCCACCCCCUAUUUUUUUUCUUCAAUUCAAUCCUUACAUCACAUCGGAUUGGACCACCGUCUCUCACACACACACACAUACACACACACAUAUACACACACACACACACCCUUUGCCCCUUCCUCCUCUCCGCCAACACGGGAUCCGCUAUUCUCCCCUUCCUUUCCCCCCGCCCCCCCCCAACCCUCUCACUCGGGAACUCUAUGGCCACACAGCCUUCCGGGACAGCCCUCGAGCAUGCUGGGACUCUAAUUAAGACGGGCCCUCCCGGAGCAUGCAAGAUGGCCGGCGGUCUGAACAGGAAGCAGUCACAGAGCCACAGGAAGAGCCUGCAUUCUGACUCCGGCCCUGGCCUCCCUGGCUUCCUGUCAGGGUCUAGACAAUGAGCGAGGGAUGGAGGACGAGUGCAGAGAGCGAGAGAAAAGAGGGAGAGAGGAGACUGGACAGAACAGCCCUCCCCCCGGGGACAAAGUCUCUUUGCAGCCACCUGGAAGCUUCUCAACUACGACUUUGGACUUUUUAAAGAUUUUUGUCGUCUUUUUUUUUUCGUUGUUUCUGUUCCCGACAGAUUCAGUGGAGGGUCGGACUAAACAACCCCUUUGCCCCACACAUCGUUCACCGUGUGUACAUUUUUAACAGAGGUGUCGUGAUGAUCGGUGAACUCUUUAAUUUUUUUCUCCAUUUUGUUUUUUUUUUGUGUAUGUAUUGUAUCAUUGUUGUUUUUAUUAUUGUAUUAUUGUUAUUAAUGAUAUUGGUAUGAUCAUUUUAAGAUUAGGUUCUAAUUCCUGUCGUUUCUAAGGGCACAUGAUUUUUGAUGAAGUCAGUUCAUGUGCACACAAAAUCUGAACCUAUCCGCUGUGUAACACUGCCCCCUGCAGGUAAGAUUUGAUCCAUCAUGGUACUGAUCAGGCCUGUUUUUUAAAAUGUUUUUCACAGGUUUCUUUAAAAUCGCUAAAUUGUGAACUUGCUCAGUAACUCACACCAGAAGAAGUGGCUCCUCUUUUUUUAGUAGCUUCCAUGCAGUGAAAUGCACAGCUCUAUUUAUUUAUGUACUUAAUUUGUCGUAUAAAAUCAUUGUUACUUUUUCUUUUGAAGUGUUAUCCCUGGUCUUUUAUUAACUGCAGAACUAGUAGCAACCGUGUAAAUAUGCAGAUCCUCUCUUUAUCUCCAGCUCACGUCAUCAGACCCGUCUCUCCAAGCCCUAAAGGUGCUGAAUCACAAGUGUCGACCUUUUGUGUUUCGUUUUUUUUUUUUUUUAACCCCCCCACUCAUGCUGCUUCCACUAACGCUGCCCACUUCGGUCACCGCUCACUCCGGUGUGAACGUACGCUGCAUUUUAUCGUCUCUCUGCUGACUUGUAGUGAACACUCGGAUUGUUUUUCAUUUGCCGAUGAGUCCUGAACACACUGUGAUGUAUGUCUGUGCUUUUUGGGGAAAUUUGCUUUCACACACACAAUCACACCAGUCGUGUAGCUUGCAGACGUUUUGUUCUCAUUCAUGCGGUGCUUCCUCUUUGCGGUCGCUCCUGGUAAAAGGACUUCUGACUCGUUGCUGGUCGGAUCCUUGGGUGUUUUGAUUUUUACUGUCAGAGUAAAGCAGGCUGUAACGAGUGGCCUCCCUCCCUUCGCUCAUCUCGGCCCCCCUGUCCUUUUUCCUCUUCUCUCACCUUUCCAGCGGGCCAGCGUCAACACACCCAGCCACACUUCACCCCUCUCUAAUUUCAUUUGUACAACUCUUCAUCUUUUCGAGUUGAGUUUCUUUUUGUAAAUACUGUAAAAUGCAUUUUGAUAUCAUUGACAUGUUUUGAUAUUUCAGAUCACAACUUAACAGUGGAUCAGAAAACUCGCUGAUUCGGGGCAACUUGUGUGUAUUUGUUCAGAGAUGGUUGUGUCUUUUACUCAGAAAUAAUAUGAAUGAUGAGAAACUGGAGCUGCUAUAGACUAUUAUGCUAUUUCACCUCAUCACAGACAGAAACCUGGGGCUUUACUGUGCAUCCGAGCUGUAGCGUCAUGGGGGUGUAAGAGGACGAGGGAGGAAGAUUUUUGUAGUCAAGCGUGUUUGAACUUUUCGCUAACUCGCUGUCACACACACACACACACACACACACACACACACACACACACACUUCUUUUAACUCCCCUGCCUCUGUUUUUUUGGAAACUGGUUUUGUUUGUGGCUGCAAAGAAAAACCACACAUUUGACAGAACAGAGUAAAACAGGUGAAUCUUUAGGAAAUGAAACUUGUCCCUUCUUUGCCUCCGACGCACUGCAUCUCAGCUUUUACCCUUUCAACACAACCGAACGCAGGGCGCGCACACACACACACACACACACACACACACACACACACACACAAACACAGGACACACACACACACACACAGGACACUGGCUCUCAAUCCAACACACCAGGGACCAGAGUACAGACUUUACUAUGAAGGAUUUUUUUUAAUCUAUUUAAAAAUGGGGCGGGAGAAAUGUUCAGGAAAGUAAAGAGGAGAAAGAAAAAAAAUAAUGGACAGAUUUGUUGCGAAGAAGAGGUAGAGAGGGAGCGGGAACAGACGUUUCCUCCCUGUACUUUGAAAUACUGUUGUAUAAAAUGCAGUCAAACUUCUCUCUAUCUUUCUGUCCUGUAAGUAAAGCUGUCACAACGUUGAUCAUUUCUGUAUUUCUAUUGUGCUGAUGUAUAAUACUGUAACAUUCAGGGGGAGGGAGGGUUACCAGAGGAUGUUUUUGGGGUGCGGGAGUAAAAGAUUUUUCCGUUCAGUUCCUCUCUUUUUUUUUUUUUCUUUUUUUUUCCCUCUUGAUGACAAAGCAGUAUUGAAUAUGAGGCAGUCUGUCCUUGGGGAGUUGCUUUGUAUCUCAUGUUAGGGUAGUUUCAGAUCCUAAAUGUCUCGUGUAGUAAAAUAAGAGGUUCCUUCUUCGUAUGUUUCUUUAUAUUGUAAAGUUUCUUUAGAUUAAAAAAAUGUUGCUUAUUGGAAAAAAGGUGGGAAAACUGCAUUGAUAAUAAAUGUAUUUUUUUUUUUUUUGGUUUUGUUUAAUUUUCAUCAAGUUGUCAGUCGUUUUUGCCUGUGUCCCCCUUGUUGUAGAUACAUAUUAAAACAAAUAAAAUGACUUCACUCCU